AUGGUUAAUGUGGUUGACUUAGCUGCUGAACAACAAAUGGAAGAAGAAAUAGUGGCCGAAGAUGCAAUUCAGUUGAAAGAUUUAGAGGAUGCUCCUUUGAAAUUAGAAGAUUUAAAGGCCGAUGUUGAAAACCCACUACUUAAAAUUAAUCUUGGAACAAAAGAAGAACCUCGGCCAACAGUUUGCAAUGAUUUUUGUAACCUUAAUACAACCACUCCAAAGGAAGAAUAUCCUAUACCCAUUGCUGAUCAACUGGUUGAUGCGGUAGCCAAACACGAAAUUUUGUCAUUUAUGGAUGGGCAUUCGGGUUACAAUAAGAUUUAUAUCGCUGAAGAAGAUAUGGCUAAAACAGCUUUUAGAUGUCCAGGAGCAAUCGGCACUUUUAAAUGGGUUGUAAUGCCGUUUGGGUUAAAUAAUGCAGAGGCAACUUACCAACGAGCCAUGAAUUCUAUAUUUCAUGAUAUGAUCGGUCACUUCAUGGAGGUUUAUAUCGAUGAUGUUGCAGUGAAAUCUCCUUCCAAAUUCAAAUAUCUAACUGAUCUUAGAAAAUCCUUUAACCGUAUGAGAGCACAUAGGUUAAAAAUGAAUCCGCUGAAAUGUGCUUUUGGAGUAACUGCUGGAAACUUUUUAAGGAAAGAUUAUUUUACGAAAUGGGUUGAAGCUGUACUAGCCAAAUCAGUUACAGGUGAUAGUCUUGUGCAAUUUAUUGAGGAACAUAUUAUCCACAGAUUUGGUAUUCCUGAAUCAAUUACAGCUAAUAGAGGGAAGAAAGAUUCAGAGUUGGGAAAAUGGUCUCCUACUUGGGAUGGUCCCUAUAUCAUUGAUCAGGUUCAAUCAGGAGGUGUUUAUAGGCUAAAGGAUUCUUAUGGUAAGCUUCCAAUGCCUUUUUCCAAGGACCAUUAUGUUUUGACAGCUUCGCUUGAGAAUUUGACACUUCUUCUAUGGCUUUUUCUUUGA